AUGGAACAGUCAACUAAAAAUCUAAAUGAGGAAGAUACAUCCAGACAUACUAACUUAAAUGAAAGGCCUCAUAAAGUCAUUAUUGACUGUGAUCCAGGUGCUGAUGAUGCUCAUGCAAUCGUAUUGGCACAUUAUCUCUCAAAAGUGCAUUAAGUAGAAAUUCUGGGUAUCACAACUGUAGGAUGCAAUCACACAAUAGACUAAGUUACAAUAAACACUCAGAUUAUUUUAGAGACUCUCAAAGUGAAUGAUAUCAAAAUAUACAAGGGGUUUUAGAAAGAUGACUUCAAGCAUAUAGAUUACUACUUUGGAGUUGAUGGAUUUGGCAAUUACGCAAAUGAAUAUAUAGAACAACAUGGAUCCUUAGAAGACAAACAUUUUGAUGGAUCUGUGAAUGCAACUUAAUUCAUUAUAAACUCUGUCAAAUAGUUCCCCUAGGAGAUUACACUCCUCUCAAUUGGAGGUCUAACUAACAUUAUGAGAAUAUAUCAAGAGUAUCCAGAGCUACCAGAAAUGUUUAGAGAAAUUGUUUUGAUGGGAGGAAACAUCAAAGGCUCAGGAAAUGCCCCCAACUGGUGCUCUGAAUUCAACUUUUACUAAGAUGCUACUGCUGCCAAAAAGUUUUUCGAGGCAUUCAAGAAUGUAACGAUGGUAGGAUACGAACUCUGCUUUGAAUUCUUCUAAAGUUUAAGCAAAGAGCAGCAAAGUUAAAUUUUCGACUAAGAUACAGACCUAGCUCGAAUGGUCAAGGCUUCUUACAGGAAUUCGUAUAAAAUUGAGAAUGAAAGAUAUUGCAUAUAUGAUUAAAUCGCUGUUGCUUGCGUUUUUGAGCCAUCAAUAGUUAAGAGUAGUAUAUACAAGCAAUUAAAAGUUCUAGAUGAAAGUGAGGCUGUAAGAGGUGCUGUUAUCAUUAACUGGCUUGACUAGCUUGUUACAGAUGAAACUACUAAAGUGAAAAUUAUCACUGAAAUUGAUCGAACUUUAAUGAGAGAGCUUCUAGAGGAAAGUUUGAAAGGCUAUAAUGAAGAUAUUUAUAAGAUUGCUUAACAGAAGAAAUAAGAGAACAAAGUAGCACUCUAAACUUAUCUAGAGGCUUUGGGUAUUCCUAAAUUCAUCAAGCUCAGACCAAACUUUGAAACUUUGUGUCAAGUUGUAAAUAAGCAUGCACAGAACAUUAAAUACCAGAAUCUUCACUUUCAUUUGAGAGAUAGGCCGGUAUUAUCUUUUGAAUUUAAGGAUAUGGUUGAAAGAAUGGUUGUCUAAAAGCUUGGGGGUCUAUGCUAUGAACAUUGUCAACUCACUUAUCAUGUAUUAAAUGCUUUAGGAUUUAACACAAAGCAACUAUUAGCUUAAAUUCUAAAGAAUACUGAGCUUAGGUUUGAUCCUAAUGUAUACUUUGAACAUGGAAUAUAGAUAGUAAACAUUGAUGGAUAGCUUUAUAUCGUUGAUGAUGGCUUCGGUGCUUACAGCCCCAAAUACCCACUACCUUUCAAUCCAAAAGAAUAGCUUUAGACUUAUGAGUUCUCAGAGAAAGAUAAAUAUUAGAUUCUAAAUAACGGAGAUCAUUUCGAGCUACAAUAUUAUGAAGGAGAUCAUUGGAGAAGAGGUUUUGGAUUUUCAUAUCCUUUUUAGUUUAAAUCACCCUAAGAAAUUUAGGAGAGAUACGAGAAUCAUGUUGCAAGAAGCAAAUUUUCAAACAUACGUGAUGGGUACAUAUUAUUCGGCAAGAUAUCAUAAUAAAUGAACACAGAAUUAGCUUAUAUGCGAAGAGUUGAGCCAUUUACAGCUUAUAUUAGAUACACAUCCAAUGAUGGUUAUGAAAAGCAAAUGAUAUAGAAUUAUCAGGAUUUGAUAGAGAUUGUUAAGAGAGAAUUCAAUUUUGAUUUACCUUCAAGAGAAGUGAUUAGAGAUAAUUCAGACAUUUAGCCAGAGUAAUGA